ACCAGAGCUCGGGGGGAUGUUGGAAGGUUGAAAACUGGUGGACAUGGAGUGUGACCUGGUUUUCCUUUGUUUUCCAGAACGAAGAGCUAUCUGGGACGCGGUGGCCAGCUACAUUCAAGAACAGCUCCUGCUGCACAAGGGUGUCCGAAUUGCCACCUUCGGCUACUUCGACACUGUCUCCAGACAGAUCCAGGUUGGAGAGGAGACCGUGACUAUCCACAGGCCAGUCUUUCACCUGGCCAGAAACCUUCUCACGGUUCGAAACCUGACGGAUAUCAAGGCCUACCUGCCCGGCAACAAGGAGCUGGAGCCCCUCAAAUACUCCAAGGUGGCCGCAGCCGCCUCAGUGUCCCGGCAGAAAGCGAUGGGCUGCAUCCAGGGCACCAUGUCCCUCCUCUCUUACUGCCUGGGGAAGGGGGAGAAUAUCGCCUUUGUCCUGAAGGACAUUGGAGUGCUCCUCAUUGAAGGCAAGAACAUAGAAAUGAAGUUCUACUAUGACUUCCUGGAGAGGUUGUCUGGGAAGGAGAACUUAGAAAAAGUGAUUUUCAAGGUCCCCCGGCUGCUGGACAUGGUGGUGUCCCAGAUGGUACCUGUGGCCUCCCUGAGUUUCUCUGGCCAUGUCGUCAUCUUUCCUGAGCUUGAAAUGGAGUUUGUGCACAAACCACCUCCCAGAGCUCUUAAGACCUCGAGACAAGUCCCUGGCGAGAACGAGAAGAGGAGAAGUGAGUUUCUGCCACCUCUUGGACAAGUUCCAGUGGGGUGUCCUGGGUUUGCUGCUCCAAGACCGCCUGACGAGGAACCGCCACAGUUCCAGGAGAUCACUGGGCAGAAGAGGAGGAAGAUCCAGUCUUUGGCAGCAGCCGGUGAUCCUGGAGGAUUCCUCUGGAGAAAAGCAGCCGGGGACUGGGCAAGCCAAGGGCAAAGCUGCGCUCAAAGACCGAGCAUCAAAGCAGACCCAAACUGAAGCGCAGGCAGCAAAGGCUCAGAGCUGCAGAGGAGGAGGAAAAGGAAAAGAAGGAGGAGG